AUGGCCACCCAGGCUCCCGACUCCAGCCAGCCCAAGACGAGCGCCCCAAAGGACAAGAACUGCCCAUACUGCGGGCAGGCCUUCACCUCGUCGUCCCUCGGCCGACACCUCGAUCUAUACAUCAAGGAGAAGAACCCCAAGCCUCCGGACGGCAUACACGAUGUCGAUGCCAUACGGAAGAUGCGUGGCGGCAUCACGAGGCGGCAUCCCAGGGGCUCGAUCGGAGGGAGGAAAGAGUCGACACCCGCGGGUACGCCCAGGCAGUCCUCGGCCAAAAGGGAAACGUCGGCUGCCGAGGCCGAGACGUUCAAGCCGGCCACCAUUCCCAAGGACGGCCAGUACGCCGUCGACUCGACCCUGAGCAAGUUCCCCUUUGUGCCCCGGUGGGAGGCGACGGGCGUCAUCAACGACAUACCUGGCAAGGGCUCCUGGGAAUCCAGCGAGACGCCGCAGGAUCCUGUUAGGCGUCCGGGCAUGCAGCGUACGGUUAGCAAACAGGCUGCCCAGAAGGCACAGUACGACGUGAAGCAGAAGCUGGCCGAUGCUAUGGACACUGCUCGGGCCGCGGAGCUUGCCCUGCGCGAGCUCCUCAGCUCUUGGCGGGCGGCCAAGCAGCACAUUGACAACAACUCGAUGCCCUUCGACUUCGAUCCCCUAUCCCUCGACUUCCCCGCCCUCACUCUUCAGUGCCUCUGCCCGCCCCCAACACUCUUCUCCUCCACCCAACACCCGACAUCGACCUCCUGGUCUGUGCAGUCCCCAGGCCAGCGCGAGUUCGGCGCCCUGCAGGCGUACUUUGAGGAGGAGUUCCGUGCCUGGAAGAUUGCGUGCGCUUCCGCCACGACAGCUGCCUACGAGGAGCUCACCUACCCGCCCUCUGGCAAUCCGCACAAGGAUGCACGCGAUGCUGUCAAGAGGGCGGAGAAGACUGCCGAGAACCUCGAGAAGCAGGUUGAAGAGCAUCUGCAAUCCGCCUACGACGUGUGGGACUCCCUCCCCGCUGCAAGGCAACAAGAGUUGUGGAUCUUGGAGCUGGCCCGCGGUGUCGGCAGGAAACACAAGGAAACGGAGAAGAUGAAGGAGCAACAGCACAGGCUGCAACAGGAAAACGCAAACCUGAAGAUGCAGAUCGACCAGCUGAACCGAUUGCAGCAGCCUCGCGAGUUCAAGCUGUUGUCGCCGACCACGAUACCCAUCGAAAGGGAUCUCAUCAGCCAUGCUUACGAACAGGGCGUCAAGGGCGGCAAGAGUGUUGGCUUCGACCUCGAGGACCGUCACCAGGAUCUCGGCACGGUCGUGACGAGGUCAAUUGAGCGCUGGAAAAACGUAAUCACGUCGACCCGUGUCACGUCGGGCGGCAUGAGUGCCCAGAAGUCUCUGGACCAGGCCGCUCAAACCCCAGGCGCCGCGAAUAGCCCCUCGCAUUCGCAGCCGCAGAGCAUCUCGCAGACGCCACAGCAGCAUCCCUCGUCCCAUCAGACCCUGAAGCGUUUGUCCACGGCCAGCACCAACGGACCCGCGAGCGAGCCCACAACGUCCGCUAGCAACACCGGCCCGCCAUCCAUCGAGGAGGAGAUGAGCGACCAGGACGCCGACGCCGAGAUGGAAGAUGACGACAGCUUCGCCAUGAUGAAUGCCUCGCCCGCCAAGGCCCCCCACGCCCCCAUGCAGCAGCAGGCGACGCUAGACGUGCCCCGGACCCGCGGUCUCGUGCAGCAGCAGCAGCAGCAAAACGCCGCCCAGGACAUGCGCUUCAUGAUGCAGAACGGGGCGGGCAGCCCCGUGGGCAGGGCCGCCAUGACGAUGAGCCGCUCCAUGCCAAACAUGGCCAUGGCGAUGCAGGGGAACCCGAUGCAGGGCGGCGACAUGGGCAUGAUGCAGCAGGUCCGUGGCGACCCCAUGUACAUGGAAUAG